AUGGAAAGGAGCCAAGCCCAUUCGUCCCCACCAGAUACUGAGGUUGAAUCCCUUGUAAGGACAAAGACAAAGCGUCCCCCCACCGGGAGGACUCUCCACUUUUCAAGAGGAGAAUCAUCAAGAAGCCAAAUCGACGAGGUCAAAAGCAAGGAACCUAAGGCGAGAAGGACUGCAAGUGUGUUCGACAGAUUGGGGACUCAUCACUCGCUGACCCCUACGCAAGGACAAACCGACCUGAAACGCCCUUUGGAACAAACAGAACCCAAACUAAGCGCGCUUAAAAAACGCAUCGCCGGACUGGAGGCUAAAAACAAAGGUAGAACGAAAGGUUACCAAAUCAAACGACAUUCCCCCUUCGCCGAGGAUGUCCUCAUAGAACCAUUGCCUGAAAAAUUGAAAAUUCCCCAUAUCGCUGCAUACGAAGGAGAUAGUGACCCCCUCGACCACCUUGACAAAUACACCUCAUGGAUGGAACUACAGGGGGCAAGCAGCGCAAUCAUGUGCCUAGCAUUUUCCCUAACUCUAGGAGACAAAGCCCAAAGAUGGUUUAGGAGGCUACACGAAAGGUUGGUAAAAGAUUGGGAUGACCUACCCAUGGCAUUCUUGGCCCAGUUUAUGGGCUCAAAGGCUAGAACUACACCCAAAGAACGUCUAAUUCAACAAGCAAUCCAUGGAAGUAGAAAAAGAUUUGACGAUGCGGCACUCAUGGUCGUAUUAGCAGGACUAAGACCCAAAACGAGAUUCUGGUGGUCAAUACACGAGGACGGCCCAUGGACUUAUCACAAGUUCCUGAACCGAGCUGAGAAACACAUAAGUGCUGAAGAAGCAACCUCUGACCAAGAGGAAGCAAGACGCGAAAUUGACCUCAAUGAUGCGAUGAAAGAGAAAAAAUCAAGCCGCAGUCCUCAACAAGAAAGAAAGAAGGACAGGAGGGAAAAAGAACGUCCUAGGGCUCAGCCGUACAAGUUUCGGGAGUACCACCCACUCAAAGCCUCCUUGAAAGAGGUAUUCAUGCAAGCCAACACAAAAGAAGCAUUUCGCAGACCUAUAGUCCUAAAAAACGAACAGGCUGUACAACGCCAAGGACGAUACUGUCGAUACCACAGGACGAUGGGCCAUGAUACUGAUAACUGUCGGGACUUAAAAGAGGAAGUUGAAUCAUUAAUUCAACGAGAUCGGUUACAGGUGUUUGUUGCCAAGCCAAAAAAAGCAAAUCGACCUAUGAUGCAUCAGCCACAGCUGCAGGGGGCCCCCAUACGAGCCCAACAGGCGAUCCCCAAUCAUAAACCACCUCCACAUGCUGAAAUCAAAAUGAUGGUGGGCGGAAAUCAGUAUAUUGAAGGAUCCAGAAGGGCCAGGCGAAGGCAAGCCCGAAGUGCAAAAAUCGUACCGAACUACUAG